CAAGGAUGACCUUAUUAUCUCUAACCAAAACACAUCAUAAUAUUAACCUAAUGCUUUCCACAUUCUCACACUCGGUUAAUAAACAACACCAAAUUUCCCAAGAAAAGAAAAAAUGGGCGAUGAUGAUCCACAAGAUGUGGCCGACCGGGAGCGGCUCUUCAAGCAUUUCGACGCCAACGGUGAUGGCCAGAUCUCGGCCAACGAGCUCGGUGACGCCCUCAAGACGCUGGGCUGCGUCACCCCUGAAGAAGUCCAGAACAUGAUGGUCGAAAUCGACUCUGAUGGUGACGGCUUCAUCUCCUACGAAGAGUUCACCACCUUCGCUCGUGCAAAUAGGGGACUAGUCAAGGAUGUGGCCAAGAUAUUCUAACUUGUCCAUUUUUUUUCCUCUCUAAUUCAUGUCACUAUUACAUUCUUUUUAUACAUGAGUAUAAUGUUUUGUUUGAUAUCAAAUGCAUGCUUCUUUUGUUUUUAUGGCUUAAUGGAACACUACAACCAUUGUGCGAUUAAAGGCGCGCAACGUGACUUACACAG